AUGAUGGAGACCCAACUGGUCCACCGUCUCGAGCUCGACCCCAGCAAGCGGAUCCCUCUCCUCAAAGCCCAGCUAGAACACCAUCACUACCACGAGCCCGAACCCGUCCUCCCCGUCGCCAACGUCAAGACCCACCCGACCAAGGCCUCGACUGGUCCAGAAAACGGGAGCAUCUACUUCAUCGGUAACGCUACCACCGUGAUUGAAUGGCACGGCAUCCGCAUCCUCACUGACCCGAACUUCCUGCACGCCGGCGACCACGUCCACCUGGGCCCGGGUGUCACCGCAGAACGUCUCAAGAACCCAGCCGUCGACAUCGACGCCUUGCCCCCGCUCGACUGCAUCCUCUUGUCCCAUUACCACGAAGACCACUUUGACAAGUUGGUGGAGGAUAGCCUGAACCGGGACUUUCCCAUCAUCUCCACUCCGCACGCGAAGCAGGCAUUGGCGGGCAAGGAGGAUCCCUUCAAGGCCGUUUACGACUUGGACUUUUUCCAGUCCAUUCUCCUUCCUGUGGUUAACUACAAGGGCGACACGGGAGGGAAGAAGCCAGUGAUCAAGGUGACGGGCAUGCCGGGGAAGCAUGUGCCUCCAGGUCCACUGGCAGCUGUAAACGAAUUGCUGGGAGCUGUCCCACCGACCAAUGGCUGGUUGAUCGAGAUGAAUUACUCCGCUAAUGGAUCAGAGGAUGGAGGCGAGACGGGGUAUCGCAUCUACAUUUCGGGCGACACGCUGUUUGUGGACGAGCUGAAGGAGAUUCCGCAGCGGUUGAAGGACGAGAAGAUUGAUCUAAUGCUGGUUCACUUGGGUGGUACUACGAUUCCGGGACCAAAGUUGCCGCUGCUUAUGGUGACUAUGGAUGGGGAGCAGGGAGUUAAGAUGAUGCAGCUGAUGGAUCCAGACGUGACGAUACCAGUGCAUUUUGAUGAUUACAAUGUGUUCUUGUCGGGUUUGGAUGACUUUAAGGAGGCAGUUACACAGGCGGGCCUCGCUCCCACCCUUCAAUCGAUUGAGUCGUGCAAAAGACCACAACUCCAAAACACCACAGAAAAUCCUCUUAAACAACCGAUAACAAUGAACCGCUUCGCCUCCCGCACCCUUUUCCGGGCCUUCGCAACGCCCCGCGCUACUCUCCCCGCCGGCGGCGUUGCACCCCUCCACACCUCCCGCCAUCUCCGAUCCACCACCGGCUACGGCAACACCACGACCUCGGGUCAAUCCACGGGCACCUCCUCUCCAAAAUCCCCCGAGGACGCCUCUGCCCAAUCAGGCGGUUCCCGCUCCAAGGAAGCCGUCGAGACGGGCUCCUCGCCCACCGGGGGGCAGAUCCCCAACGCCUCCGAAGGCCAGGAGAAGUCCAACACCUCAAGCUCAACCUCAACCUCCGAGUCCGACAAGUUCGCCAUGCCGGACGGUCUAGCGAACGGCGACGCCCGCGGCCGCACCGGUGGCGGCGAGCCCCUCUCGAGCUCCCAUCCAAGCGCGCCGGCCCAGCCCAAGAUCAGCAACGCUAGCGUGCCUGGGAAUAAGCCCAAGCUUACCGAGGAACAGCAGGCCGAGGUGGACGCACAUAAUAGGGACUUUGAGAAAAAGCAUGGGAAGGCGGAGAGGGCCGCGGAUGAUAAGGUAAACCCCAAGUUUUGGGGCGGUGGUGGGAGGCGGUUGGAGGAGGACUAAGUGCGGAGUGGACUUUGUGCAUGGAACGGAGUUCCGUAUGGAGUCAAGCCAUGGCAUGGAACGGAGUCUUGGGAGUCUGUGGUGGGGGAUAACUGUAGAGAGCGUCAAAAAUCGAUGGUUGUGUGUUGAGAGUCUGGAUCCUUGGCUAGAUCAUCCGCACUCUGGUUCAAGAAUACCUCGUCUUUCCUUGCGGUGCUACUGUACCUACCUAUUGACAGGAACAUUAAUUUUGUUUCAUUUUUUCAAUGUACUACUUAAUGGGUAAACCUCCGCACACCCAUCUCAAAACCUACAGACACCCAAGAACCAGGAAACGUAGGCCCGUACAGCUAAUGACACCUGACAUUGUAAAUCCCGUUUUUAUCAGCUACAUUUCGGG